CAUAAGUUCACGAAGGUCGGAUUUCUGUUUGUGAAUAUACUCAUUUUCGUCAAAGAAGCAUCUUCCUCGUACAGUGGCGUUGAGAUCAUUAUCAUCCACAUCUACAUCCCCAGCGCUCUCAUUAUCAACCUCUUGAUCCUACCCCAAGUCCCGGACCUCAAUCUUCCCCGAAUCGAUCGACCCACCAAAAAAGAACCCAAAAGCCAAUUUCUCAUGGUCCAACUGCAAGUGAUUUUCUUAGGGUAGUAGGAAUUUAGGGUAGUAUAUUUAGGUAUCCGAGCGCAGCAAUGGUGUGGAUCCUCAUGAUUGGCUUGGCUUCGAGCUUCGCGCGUGUGUGAGGCUGAAGGAGAUACCCGAGAUGCUGCGCAGCACUACCGGUCUUACGCUGAGAAUUCAGAUCGACCAGCUUCGCAUCGCUCAGCCAGAUGAAUCAUUCGAGAGAACAGCUGAAUACAGAUGCGACGCAAGAUGCGCAAGAUGAUGCGCAGGAUUCGCAGGAGCAAACGUGUUGCGAUUUCGUGCUAAUGCCUUCUGCACUUGAUCUUGCUGGGACGAGCUCGUGAGGGGGCUGAAGGGUAGUCAAGAUCCUUGUUCGUUCCGUCUUGUAAGUUCGUGUGAUAUAGAGAUGCAUGGGUCUGUCUGUUGGAUCGCCUUUAUCUUCCAACCAGAUGCUUUUGGCCUUUCGUACGAUGUAGGGCGUGCAACAGAUACGAAGGGAAAACUUCCAGAAGGAAUUGACCAGAGGACCUGCGAGAACGACGACGACAUGUUUUGCAAAAGAAAUGAGUGCGCUAAGGUGCAGAAAAACUACAGGGCAGCUACAGAGGAC